UUCCUUUUCCUAAAUAUUUACUUCAGAAAAUGGAUUCCACUUCCUCAGCUUUAAACAAUUCCAUGGCCUCUGACUUUUCCGACAACCAAUCCUUCGAUUCGCCGCCGCCGCCGCCGCCGCCGCUGUGGAGGUGGCCGCUGGAGCCGCCGAUGUUCUCCAAUUCGCUGCCGUUCAACGAGAACGACUCUCAGGAAAUGUUGCUGCUCGGCGUGCUGGCGGAGGCGGCGCAGGAAAAUUCGAAUUCGGAAUCGAAUUCGUCGGACCGCCGGAGGGACGGCGACGAGGCGGACUCCGCCGCCGCGAAGGCCGCCGGCGCCGGCGAGGACAAGGCGUUCCGCGGCGUGAGGAAGCGGCCGUGGGGGAAGUUCGCGGCGGAGAUCCGGGACUCGACGAGGAACGGAGUCCGGGUGUGGCUGGGGACGUUCGAGACGGCGGAGGCGGCGGCGAUGGCGUACGACCAGGCGGCGUAUUCGAUGCGCGGCCCGUCGGCGAUUCUGAAUUUCCCGGUGGAGAGGGUCCGGGAGUCGCUGAGGGAGAUGAGGGGUUUGAUUGAUGAGGCGGCGGCGGGGUGCUCGCCGGUGAUGGCGCUGAAGAGGAAGCACUCCAUGAGGCGGCGGAGGAGCGGCGGCGCCGCCGUGAGGAAGAAAUUGAAGGUGGAGAAUGUGGUGGUGUUUGAGGAUUUGGGAGCUGAUUAUUUGGAAGAGCUUCUCAGCGUGUACACUACUAAUGCUCUGCAAUGAUUCUUGGCGAGUCCCGGGUCCUCGAGGCCAGAUAGAUCUUGGCCGUUCAUUUCUGAAUCGACGGUGUACAUUUAUUUAAUCGGGGUGUUUUUUAAUUUUUCCAAAGCAAGGCCAAAUACGCCUUCAAUUCUUUGUUUUCUAGUCUGUUUCUUUUCUUUUCUAUUUUUUUUUUUGUUUAUUAUUAUUUUUUGUUUUCUUAUUUGAUUUAUAAACUAUUUCUUAGGGUUUUUGUUGGUGUAUAGAUUAUAGAUUUUUAA